AUGUCGACAGCAGGGCAGGUGAAGCGCAGUUUCGAAGAACAGGACGGGCCGUAUGUGGGGGAGACAAAGCGGCGCGGUAACAAACCUGGGCGCAAGCCUCUGGACACCGAGGCCAAGAACCGGCGCACGGCGCAGAACCGCGCAGCGCAGCGGGCGUUCCGUGAGCGCAAGGAGCGUAAGAUGCGAGACCUGGAGGACCAGGUGCGACGGCUUGAGGAGGAGCGCUCCAGCGCUGAGUGCGAGGUGCAGAGUCUGAGAGGUCACGUGAUAGCACUGGUACGGGAGCUGCGGCGAUGGCGGCCCGACAGCAAGGUGCUGGCGGCGCUGAUGCGGAACCCACAGCUGGAUACGAUGUGUCGUGGGAGCACGGUGCUGCAGGAGCCCGAGCCGAGCGAAGGCGACUCGGCGGACGACGCUCUAGACGGCGUGGGGAAGAAGGCGCACUACGAGCUGGGCCUGCCGGGGCCCGACGGCGCGCUGCUGUCGCAAGUGCCGUCGCCGUACUCGUCCACCUCGUCCUUCUACGCCGCGCCGCAAACGCAGUCUUCGUCUUUCGACGCGCUCAUCACGGACGAGGAAGACCGAAUACCGCCGCCGCCCCGUGUCUCGCCGAAGCCGUACGCGGUCGCCAUCAGCGCAGCCUCGCCGGAGGCCCCAGACUUCUCCAACACGUGGGGCAACGGGUCGCCCGGCGCGAACUUCGAUCGCAUGCUGCUGGGCGACACGGGCAUGCAGGAUCUCAGCUCCCUGCUGGGCACUGCGACACAGCCGGAAAACGCCGCCUGGAUGUCGGCCGGCAACCUCAACCCGACCGUGGACAUGCUAGAGCAUUCCCCCCAGUUCGCGGCCGGCCAGCACGACGAUGAUUUUCUCUCCUACCUCGACGGGGCCUAA